CAAAGCAGAAAAAUUUUAGAGGGAGAAACAAACAAAAGAACGAACAAAAAAGGUGGAGAAAAAGCUCCAGUAGAAAAAGGAAAGUUGUGUCGCAGCUGUUGCCUCGGCCCCUCUUGUCUCUGUCUUCCAAUGCCCAGCUCCCGACGACACCCAUUUUCUGGUCAAGUAAGGAGAGGCCGUCAAAGGAAGUUAAAAACUUCUUCUUCUUCUUCUUUUGUUUGCCUGCCCCUCUUUAUCUCUCGUCGACUAUUUUCUUCCCCCUAUUGGGCUUUUCCCAAUCUGCAUUGCUGUUGACAAGGAACCUGUUAUUUUAGGUCUUGAAGCGCCCCCAUUUCUUAAAAGUUUUUCCUUCCUCCAAAUAUAUUGAGUUUUAUCUUUGAGAAUAAUUCAUGAGUCAAACAUCAACUUUCAUUCUUUUAGUGGGUGCUCAGAAGUUUUAUAGUUUUGAGAUCUGAAAUUUUGUUGGCUUUGUUCUUUUGAAAAUGUGCAUUUUAUUUGUGCUUAUCUUUAUGUAGCUAUGCUGCUUAUUCAUUUUUGCAACCAGUAACUAGUGAUUCUCUCUUUCUUUCUCUCUCUCCUUUUCCCGGGGUUUAUUAAAUUUGUAGGAAAUGAAGGUGGAAGAUGAAGGCUAGCGCCACCAGUUGAAUUGAGUUUUCAAUUCCAAAUUUCAAGCUGCUGGAAUUCCAAAGUCCAAACACAAGGGAAGAGAACUCUCCCCCACAUUCCUGGAGGGACUUCCUUCUUGGUUUCUGUUCCUUACAUUGUUCCUGACAUUUGUAUGUAAAUUUAGAGGAAUCAGAUUUAUACACAUAUCCAUUCCCCUUCCAAGAGAAUAAUUAGAUAUGGUAGAGUAGAGAGUAAAUGCUGGUUGAGCGUUCUCACUGGUUAUGCUCUUCUAUCUCUUUAGUUUCUAUUAAACGGGAAGAUCCUACAGAUGCCCUAUCAGAAGCGACACUCUAGGAUAUGAUUGAUCAAUUCAUCAAUUUUGUUAUUCGCCCUCCCAGGGCGGACUAUAACCCAGAUCAGUAUUUAUGGGAGAAGGAUUUCACUCUUGCUGGUAGAGCAUACAAGAGACAAGACUUGGAGCUUACAAAUGCAAGGGGUCAUACCUUGCAGUGUAGCCACUAUGUGCCAUCACCUUUUCCUGAAGACACUCCUCUUCCUUGUGUUAUAUACUGCCAUGGAAACAGUGGAUGCAGGGCAGAUGCAAAUGAGGCUGCAGUAAUUCUUCUACCAUCAAAUAUUACUGUUUUUGCUCUUGAUUUUUCGGGUUCUGGCUUAUCUGAUGGUGAAUAUGUUAGCCUUGGUUGGCAUGAGAGGCAUGACCUCAAAGUUGUGGUUUCAUAUCUACGAAGCAAUCAGCAAAUAUCACGUAUAGGCCUUUGGGGGCGAUCAAUGGGGGCAGUUACUUGCCUUCUCUAUGGAGCAGAAGAUCCAUCCAUAGCUGGAAUGGUGUUGGAUAGUGCAUUCUCUAAUUUAUUUGAUCUAAUGAUGGAACUUGUAGAUGUGUACAAAAUUCGGCUUCCAAAAUUUACAGUUAAGAUGGCAGUACAGUACAUGCGGCGAAUAAUUCAGAAGAAAGCAAAAUUUGAUAUUAUGGAUCUUAACUGCCUAAAGGUUGCACCCAAAACAUUCAUUCCUGCUUUAUUCGGACAUGCUAGUGAGGACAAAUUCAUUCAGUCCCACCACUCUGACCUCAUCUUUAAGUCCUAUGCAGGGGACAAAAAUAUGAUAAAGUUUGAUGGUGAUCACAACUCCUCUCGACCCCAGUUUUAUUAUGAUUCAGUUUCCAUUUUCUUCUUCAAUGUCCUUCACCCUCCUCAUAGUUCUGCUUCUUCAAGUAAGCUUGAGAAGUAUUACAAUUUGGGCGAUAUGAAAGUUGGUGAUGUCACAGAUGAGAGCCUCCUAUGUGAGAUAAUCACAGGCCUCCGUUCUGCAUUUACUGAUGCUGCAAGUUCAUCUUCUGCCCCUCCUAGCUUUCCAACCACGAAACCUGUUAGUGAACUUCUUUACGAGACCAUGCCUGUUACUAGUAUAUUAGUGGACUCUCCUGUCAAUGAAAGUGAUAGGCUCAGCAGUGACGAACCAUCAAAGUUGCAGGAUAAGCCAAAUGGUCAGAGUGAGGAAUGUUGUUCAUAUACCAGCUCAAAUAGAGAGAGUUGGGGAAGAUGCUCUUCCCUUGGAGGCAGUGAUGAGGAAUCAUCUGCUGAAUGCAGAACUACUGACAAAAGCCAAGAGGCUUUUGCAACUCCUCUAAGAAGCAUACAACAGAACCCAAACCUAGCAAAAGAAGAAAAGAAAAAGAAGAAAACUACAGUUGCAAAGAAGCUCAAGGGUGAGAAAUUUGACAGGCUUGAGGCUUUUAGUAAGCGGCUGCGCCAUUGCAUUCUAAAGCGAGUAAAUCAUCAGAGACAUUGUUCUUCAUGACUGCUGCUGUACCAUAGGAACAUAUUUAUAGUUUUAACUAUCAGGUUAUGUUUAAUUAUUACCUUCCAUCUUAGGCCAUAUGCACUUUUCUGGGUGCAUUUCGGCCAUUCUUGUUAAUGCCCACAGUAUUGGGUCUCUGGCAUUCUCUCAGCUGGGUAGAGAACCCUGCAAGAUUGCAUUUGCAAGUGCCAUACCCUCAAAACUGGCUGCGAUUCACUUCCCUAUCCAACAGUAUAUAAACAUUGAUGGUUACUUUUGAA